AUGUCAUUGCAACGAACUCUCAUCGAUUAUGUUAACCCAGUGACUGUACAACGCUGUCAAUCUCUUCUAUCGACAAUUCUUGGUGAUAAUAAGACUAUAAGCUCAUCGACUGGAUACCAUCUACUCUUCUUCCAUCCGGUACCGACCAAGAAGACGACCCUUAGCAACGAUGGGUACUACUCAUAUCUAACACCUAGCUCAAUACUAAGCCAACCAAGGCCAUACAUGCGUCGAAUGUGGGUCCAAGGGUCCAUAGAGUUCAAGAAACCGCUAAAGAAUUGCUGGAUACGCUGUCAGGAAGACCUUAAAUUUAUUAAAGAGCUAAAGAAGGAUUACUUCGUAUCAUUGAAACGGACGAUCACAGACCAGGACGGAUCACUAUUUGCUACAGAAUUAAGGACGUUAAUGUAUACGAAUAAAGCGGUAUCAGAGGACUUUAAGACGCAAGAAGAAGAAUUGGAACCGUUCAGUAACGUUUCCAUAAUUAAAGUAUUGGAUAUCGAUGCUAUGAUAUAUAGUUCGAUAAGCUCCAAUCCACACAGGAUCCACUGGGAUCGUGACUAUUGCCGAAAUGUGGAGGGGUAUCAAGAUCUUAUCGUCCAGGGGCCUUUGAUCGUUCAACUGGCUAUAGCUUACGUGGAGAGCGUAUUUAACAAGAGCGUCACUGGUAUUAAGUACAAGAACACUUCUCACUUGUACGUUGGAAACGACGUCGAAAUAUGUGUGAAGGAGCAUAAAUCCAAAGGAAGCGCCAGGGUACUGAUACGGGAUACCAUUGAGAAGGGAAGAGUGUAUUUCGAGGCCACAGCUCGGUAUUAA